AUGCUGGACGCAAUCGGAUUGAGACGCACAAAAUGGAAGCGAUUGAGCCUGAAUACGAAUGUUACAGCAAUUCAGUGCCCACCUUGCCAUGAAAUUAGUCCAAAUCCAGGGAAUGAGGGAUCCAGUAGCUGCGUUAGAGAACAAGAUAGAGGUAGCCUUAUUGGAAAUAUUGCUCUCAACUACAAAGAUAAGACGCCUGCCUAUGACCCUGAUGGGGAGGAAUCCAAGUUGAAUCGAAAACCAAACAUUUGCAGAAGAUGCUCAGUGACAACAAAUGUUGCAGAAAUCCAAUGCAUAGCACGCGAAAGAGUUAGUGAAAAACUUACCAACUCAUCAUUGACUUGCAAUUAUUCUCCUUUAGAUUCGUCAGUACUAUCGUCGUACGAACAUAAGCCGAGACCAAGAAAACGGGCACUGCUUGUCGGGGUGACUUACAAGAACAGCAAGUACAAGCUUAAGCGAACUGUGAAUGAUGUCAAGAAUAUGAGAAAUUUAUUGAUCAAUAGCUUCGGUUUCAAUCCACAGAACAUCAUCGUUCUCACAGAAGAUGAGAAAGAACCAGGUCUAACUCCUACAAAGAAAAACAUCAAGAUAUACUUAAAAUGGCUUGUUCAUGAUUGCCAGGCUGGUGACUCUCUGGUGUUUUAUUUCUCCGGCCUUGGCUUGCGACGACCAGAUCUCAAUUUGGAGGAAUGGGAUGGGUUUGAAGAAACUAUUUGUCCAGUUGAUUUCAUUAAAGAAGGACUGAUUCUUGCUAAUGAUAUUAAUAACACUAUUGUUUGGCCGCUUCCUAAAGGGGUCACUCUUCAUGCUAUUGCUGAUGCUUGUCACAGCGGAACGAUCCUCGAUCUUGUCUAUGUUUACGACAGAGAAAGGUAA